UUAUUUUGUCUUUUGUGAUGGCGCGUUCGGUGAAAAGGCUCGCGAAUUGUGCUCAACACUAAAACCUAAAAUUUAAUUCUAUAAACCCUAAAUUUUAUUCCAAAAACAAUUCCCCUCGUUACUUUAAGUCGCCUUCUACCCCAAUUAAAUGUUAUUUUGGCAUUUAACGACUCUAAUUUUGUGAUAAUUCAAUUUAAAGAAUUAGUUUUCGUAAAACUUCAUUCACAAGUGCUCCAGCCCAAGCAAAAUGUCGAGCACAACAACAACUGAAACUAAGUAUGUAACUGAAGUACCAAGUAGUCUGAAACAGUUGGCUAGAUUAGUUGUGAGAGGCUUCUAUUCUAUUGAGGAUGCAUUAAUCAUUGACAUGCUCGUGAGAAAUCCUUGCAUGAAAGAAGAUGACAUUGCUGAAUUACUACGUUUUGAAAAGAAACAAAUGCGUGCUCGAAUAUCCACCCUGAGGAAUGACAAGUUCAUUCAAAUACGCUUGAAAAUGGAAACUGGGCCCGAUGGCAAGGCCCAAAAAGUCAAUUACUAUUUUAUUAACUACAAGACCUUUGUCAAUGUUGUUAAAUACAAAUUGGAUUUGAUGCGAAAACGUAUGGAGACUGAGGAAAGAGAUGCUACAAGUCGAGCUAGCUUCAAAUGCACUAAUUGUAAUAAGACUUUCACAGAUUUAGAAGCUGAUCAACUAUUUGACUUUGAAUCACAAGAAUUUCGAUGCACUUUCUGUGACAGUGCUGUUGAGGAAGAUAUGUCUGCAAUGCCAAAGAAAGAUUCACGUUUAUUACUGGCAAAAUUUAACGAACAACUUCAACCUUUGUAUGAUCUACUAAGAGAAGUUGAAGGUAUUAAACUUGCUCCCGAAAUUUUGGAACCUGAACCAGUUGAUAUUGAUACGAUUCGAGGGCUCAAUAAACAAAAUACAAUGCGUCCUGAUGGCCAAGCCUGGUCGGGAGAAGCAACUAGAAACCAAGGAUUUGCUGUCGAAGAAACUCGAGUCGACAUUAGUAUCGGCGGUGAUGAUGCACCAGAAGUCAGUGCCGAGCGUAAGGCUCGUCCAGUAUGGAUGACAGAGAGUACAAUUAUUUCCGAAGAUAAUUCUGAGAAUGUUGACACAAUUCUUGAUCAAGCUGCACAAGCUUCAAGUCAGCCAACCACAACAGCUAGUGCUUCGAAUAGUGGACGUAAUCGAAAGGAAAACGAGGAUAUUAUGUCUGUGCUGUUGCAACAUGAAAAGCAACCUGGCAAAAGUGAUACAAAUUUGAAAGGACUGAGAAGCAAUGCUAACUCAAGUGAUUCUAGUGACGAUGAGAAAGACAUUGAAAAUGCUACAAUUCCUAAUAUCAACCAAAAUAAUUACAUCAAUUCUGAAUCGGAAGAUGAUGAUGCGCCUAUAGUACAUGUGGCAGGACGUCCAUAUCCAAUUGAUGCUAUAAAUGAUGAUCUUAUAGCACAAAUGAGUCAACACGAAAAAGAAAAUUAUAUUUUAGUUUAUCAAGAACAUUAUAGCCAUAUGUAUGAUUAGGAUAAAAUUAUAAUCCAAUAAUAUAAUAAAUAUACAAAUUUAAA